UGUUCUCUGUGAUAAUAUAUAUUUGACAUCCAAAGGAAAAUUAAGUCUGUUUCGGUAUAAUUAUGAUUGAAAAUAUGUCUGACAACCAUUUGUUAUUUAAAUAUGCCCACUGAUGUAGAAUUCUAAACAAAAUCCGACCCAAUGUCAGCAGAUACACCUAUUGGAUUUACAGUAGGCACUCCAGAUACAUCAUCCGUUUCUAUUCUAAAGUACAAAGUCGUAUAUCUCAACGAAGGAGGGGAUUAUAACCAGUCCACUGGAGUUUUUACAUGCCGAAUCCCGGGACUGUACUCUUUCACUGCAACUAUGUUUAAAACCCCAGGUGGAAGAGAAAGUUACUGCUAUUUUUAUGUCAACAAUCAUAAGUAUAUGCCAGUAAGCAGUGGUACUCACGAUACGAGCGAUAAUAUGUCUGGUUCCAAAACUUUUGUGUUCAUGUUGAAAGUUGGAGAUAGAGUUUACCUAUCUAACUGUGGAGGCAUAGAUCUUACAAACCAACAAUCAAGCUUUUCCGGAUUUCUUGUUUCCAUUUGAAAUUUACUUCAUCAUCUUUCGUAUGAACUAACUGUAGCUGUUGGUCACUUUAAUAGAUUAGAAAAGUAGUUCCGUUCUUUUGUCGUUAUUGUUAGUUCCAUAUCAGUUAGUUUGGCUAUAUUGUUAAUUUCAUAUCAUCGUUAAAGUAAUGCAGGUUUCGACAAAGCUCCAUCUGUUGUGAUAUAUAUUUAAAUACAAAUAAUCACAUAUAUAUAUUUAACAAAGUGAUAACAAUGUUAUGUCACGGUUGCUGACCAUUUUCCGACCUUAAAUAAGCAAACUUGUUAAAAGAUUAUGCGCAAAAGUCUUACAGUCAGACAAGGGCAUGCCUAGGAUAUGCGCAUCUCCUUUUGGUAUUGAAUGUUCCCAUAAAAUAAGAUAAAAUCCAGCGUAGAAAGCUUAGAAAGGAAUGUGUCGCUGUUUUUAUUUUCAUUUCAUACAUGAAACAUCAAUAUAAGAUACAAUUUUAAAAGAAAUAACAAUUUCAAUAGAAUUAAGCAAAACAAUUUUUACACACAAAUACUGCACAACAUCAUUUUGAAUUUUUAAGAGAUUUGGUCUUUAAUUAAAUAAUUAUGUUGUCAGACAGGAGAAACCAUGAAACAAUGUAUAUAAAUGUCAAUGGCAAUUGUGAAAUACAUGAUUAUAUAAAUUUAUAAAUUCAUGAAUAAACAACAUGACAAAUAACAAAGUUAUAAAACUAUACAUUGUUUUCUUUGAUUAAAGUUUAAAAAAUUCAUAAAUUUGUAGCUGCCGUGUAAAAAGAUACAUAUUUAAAAACUAAUAAGGAGUCAUAAAUCGGAGAGAACGUUAAGAAAUAGACAUGCCAAUAUUCUACUUUUUAAAUUAAAUAUUUGUACAAAGUUUUGAUGAAAACUAGUCAGCAGUUGCCGAUUAAUAGCGCGAAAACAAGUUCGAAGAAAUGGACGGACAUAGAAAAACCUCCCUCCCCCCCCAAUAUUUCCAACUUAGAUAAUACAACUCACUUUUUUUCUUUAAAAUGUGUUUUGUCAAAGUUUAAAUCAAAAUGCCAAUUUAUAACAAAUUUAUGGCAAUUAAAUCAAAAUUCAAAAA